AAUGGUUGUAGCAGAAAAGAGACUGAUUGAUGAGUAAGAAAUCUAUAAUAGUAUAGAUAUUUCAAGGUAGAAGAUAUUGACUAGGCUGGAUAGUCAUUCAAAAGAGUGUCAAGAAUAAAAUGUAAAUCAAAGUCAGGUGAAGUGGAUAUGGAAUUAGAUGUUAAUAUUGAUAUCUAUCCAAUUGACAAAGGCUGUGAAUAUAGAGUCCUAAUUGUUAGAUCUUUAGGAAUAUCAUAAGAAAUGGAUUAAGUAAAAAUGUAAAUAAACUUUAGGGUAAAUACAAGCCAGAAUUUUCAUAAAUUGACAAUGAAUUAUUGGAAAAAUUUUAAUAUGCCAUGUUUGGUCGGGUAUUUAAAAUGAUAAAGGAUUAAAAUAAAAUGAUUAAUGUUUUUGCUUCUUUUGGUGGUUUAAUUUUAAAAUUGAGUGGUAAAUCUGAAGAACUUGAUAAAUUUGCUGACGAUUAAAGAGUGUAUUUAUUAAUGAGAAAGGCAUGAG